CCCGUGUUAGUCAUCAUUGUCUCAUAAUCAUCGUGUCAGUUGGCUUGCACGCUGCAAAUCAUGUCACCCAGACGUGUUUUCAUGUUUCUAUCAUUUCUUCAUUUCUGUUCCUUGCUGCUCACAGAUUUGUGUGUGCAUGCAAGCAACAGAGCUGCUCUCGGUUUUCAACCCCUUCCAUGGGAUUUCUACGCACACGAGACAGUCAAUGUAAAGGGUCUGCCCGACUGGUUGAGAGGAACUCUCUAUCGUAUUGGACCUGCAAUCUGGACUCAACGACCCGACGAUCAGCAUUGGUUUUAUGGAUUAGGAUUUCUGCAGAGUUUCCAGUUCUCUCCUGAUGAGAAUCAUCUUGAAUACACGGCACAGUUUGUGAAGAGCUCCGAGUACAAUCAGUCGCAUCCAAACUUCAGUGAUGAGAGUUCGGCGACGUUUUCACCGAACACUGGGGUUUGUAUUCGACGAGUCAAGAGUGACGAUGCUACACACCUUUUGGCUAAUACUGGAGCUUCUCUGAGCAAUGAGUUUGAUUAUCGGUCACUUGAUUCUGUUGAGACACCAUUUAUGUAUGAUGAUAUGAUGGCUACCGUGUUGGCUAAAGCUCCGUCUCAUGCACAGACCGAUUUAGAUGGAAACAUUGUCCAUUUUCUUCAAGUGCCCGAGCCAGCAGUUUACUAUUACAUCUACACUAUACCUUAUGGUAGUCGAACCAGGAAGUUUGUGGGGAAAGUUGCUCUUAAUCCGACAUUCAACACGACCCUGUUCCUACACAGUUUCGUUAUCACCGAGAACUAUGUUGUAAUUCCGGAAAUUCCUGCCGUUUCGGGUCCCGAAGACUAUCGUACGUUUAGAUUUGAGUCGUCGAUGAAUACAACGUGGAGAGUGAUAAGCCGGAAGACAGCUGAACAAGUAGCCGAGUUUACAAGCGAACCAUUCUUUUAUUAUCACACAAUCAAUGCGUAUGAAAAUGACACAGACGAUACCAUCAUUGUUGACUUGAUUGGUUACCCGAAUAUGACGUCACUAGUUGAUAUGUAUUUGGAGAAUAUUAUCGAUAAACCGGAGUUAUUACGGAAUAGUGCUUGUGCCAACAGAAUGAUGCGAUUUGUACUUCCCAUGAGGAAGACAUCGAGUGCCAUCAUUCCUCGGAUACUCAGUGAAGUAUGGGGUACAGAGUUACCGACCAUCAGAGAUACGACUCAUGCUACGAGGGCGUAUACAUACGUGUAUGCUGUUGCCUACACAGAUCCGCACGCGUCUGAUUUCCUGGACUCCAUUGUAAAAGUCGAUGUCUUGAAUGGCAAAUACAAACGAUGGCACGAACCCGGUUGUUAUCCUGGAGAGCCAAUCUUUGUGGCAUCUCCAAAUUCGGCUUCAGAAGACGACGGCAUCGUUCUCUCACUCGUGCUGGAUGUCAAUGCAAAAACAUCAUUUCUCUUAACUCUCAAUGCAAAAUCAAUGGAAGUGAUGGCCAAGGCAUAUCUACCACAUGCUACACCUUUUGGCUUUCAUGGCAGAUAUUACAGAGACUUGUGAUUUUGUGAUGUCCGAGUUGGUGACAAUUUUAUUACGAGCACAAACUUUUAUUAGUACAGAUUUUGCCACGUCUUUGCAGCUCGUUUGGAUUCGCAGAUCAUUUAGAUUAGCUCAUUUGCAGCUUGAUUGAUUUUGAAUAGAAGCAAGUCAUCAUUUGAAAAUUUUAUAUCAAUUAGGGUUGUGUAUAACACGUCCCCAACUUGAGCAGGCAACGUUAGCUAAAGUUAUCUUUCAAGAAUCUCUACUAUCAAAUUAU